CUUCCCAUUGCCAACUUUCAUUUAUGCUCUGGCGUCCCGUGGCUUCCUUGGAGCGGUUUGCUAUGGAGAGCGUGCGCUGGGCGUUUUCCUAUGCCUCCUGGGUCCCCUGCCGUGAGGACUGGCUGCUGGCCAUGCGCCUGGUUCAGCCUGAAGAGAAGGAGCGCAUUGGGCAGUUUGUCUUUGCCCGUGAUGCCAAGGCUGCCAUGGCUGGUCGUCUGCUGAUAAGGAAAUUAAUUGCUGAAAAACUGAACAUUCCCUGGAAUGCGAUACUGCUAGGAAGGACUUCAAAAGGAAAACCUGUCCUCGUGAAUGACAUAAGCGCCAACCAUUCUCCUUUCAACUUCAAUGUCUCUCAUCAAGGGAAUUACACAGUCCUUGCAGCUGAGCCUGACCGUCAUGUUGGCAUUGAUGUAAUGAAGACAAGCUUGCCAGGAAGUGGUUCGAUCCCUGACUUCUUUCGCAUUAUGAAGAGGCAAUUUACGGACGAAGAGUGGAGGACAAUCACAUCCAUGCGUAAUGAAUGGCUUCAGUUGGAUAUGUUUCAUAGACAUUGGGCAUUAAAGGAGAGCUUUAUCAAAGCCAUUGGAGUUGGAAUAGGUUUCGAUCUUCAAAGGAUUGAGUUUAAUGUCUCCCCAACACAGCUGGAAGUAGGAAAAACUUAUAAUGAGACAAUUAUGCUUCUGGAUGGCGAAGAAGAAAAGGACUGGACUUUCGAGGAAACCAGGUUAGAUGAUUACCAUCACGUUGCAGUCGCUCUUGGAAAACCAGAGGGGUUUAAAGAGAAGCAUGCUGAGGUACCUUGUAGGGAUGUGACCCAGACAGCUUUCACAAUGCUGGCUUUUGAUGAUUUAGUUGCCUCCGCUGUUCCUCUCACACCCGAAGACCAUGCCUGCUGGGAUAACUUUUGUUCUAGGCAGGAUUCGCCAGCACGGCAGAGUUCAAAUUCAAGAUAAGGAUGUUGACAAGAAAU